AUGCUGAGAUACACUCUGGCGGUGGUUUACUGUUUUAUUGUACUGGUGCAACCACAACAAAGUGAAGAUCAACGUGAACGUGAACGCGAACGCGAGAUCGCCCGCUCCAAAGGACAAUACAACUCUGUCGACGACAUACCGGAAUUCUACAAGUACACCACAUUUGCUGUCUUUGUUUCCAACAACUUUCAGCCUGUAUUAGAACGCUACACCUCUGAGCUUUAA